GAUAGUAUAAUUAGACCGUAGACGCCCCCCGGACACCGAUAACCACAUCAAACGGAGUCAAGGCUGAUGUCACCUACGGAGACGUCAUGGCAAGCACUCAACCACUCCCAGCGUUGUACGCAAGGGCACUUUCCACCGCCUCCAGAGCUGCAAAUCUGCCCACCAUCGAAGACGAGACUCAGGAGUUGCUUCGAUCAGCCCUGUCCGAUCUUAAGCAAGUUAACUCAAGAAUCGCGGCACUUGCGUUGUUCAGUGUGAACGACACGCUUGGAGAUAUUUCCACUAGAGACCUCGUAUACUUGACAGUUCCAUUUGUUCUUGCCGAGGUGGAGAACCGGUCCCGAUUCACGGAUGCAGGCGAGCGUAUGACCUACUUGAGUCAAGUUCAGAGUCAUUUAAAAACAUUCGUAUCUAACCUCGAGUACCUGCAUGUCGUAUCAGAAGAAGAGCAGACUCUUCACACACAGUUGCCCUCCAUCAAGGAUGCUGCUAAACGACGAGAAAUAAAGAUUCAGCAACACAAGGCCGAGCAAGAUCUUCGCGCCCGUAUUGCAACAGUUCGAAAGCGUCGGAGACAGCGUCCCAUCGACAGUGGUUCACCCAACGUUUUUGAUCUCGCGGUCUCCUUGCUUCCACCCACUUCCAGGAGUUCGACCGCAAACGACGAUGACAAUGACGAAACCGAGACCGAAGAUAUCCUUCGAGAAGCUUCCCUGCUGUUGCUGAGGUUGUGUUACGCCCAAGCAUACUCUCAACUCGAAAGCCUCGAACAGGAACUAGAACUAUUGCGCAGUGUUCCUCCGCCUCACCCGUCACCCCCAGAAAACGAACGUCGCGAGAAAGCGAAAGAUCAGGAGGCUUUGUGGAGACUUGAAAGUACCUCUCGCACUAAUGGGGGAGGUCCGCUAUUAGACCCUAGUGGCAAGCCCUUACGACCAUUUACUAUACUACCUUCCAGUGCCUCAGAGCGUGCCCGUUUGCAGGCACAGGUCUUCGGACCAAGUCACCGCUUACCGACCAUGACGAUUGACGAAUACCUUGAAGUUGAACGACAGAGAGGGAAUAUCAUUACUGGCGGAGGGCGCCAGUCCGAAGAGAGGCCUACGUCAUCAGAGCAGCUAGCUGUGGAUUCCGAGAUGGAGGGCACGACCUUCGGUGAAAUGAAAUCGGAGGAGAAACGCCAAAAGGACGAGCAAUGGGCUCAAUUCAAGGAUGCCAAUCCGAGGGGUGCGGGCAACAUUAUGAACCGUGGAUAGCGACAAAUAGAAUUGUCAGCGACUAAACCUCUGACCUCGAGCUGAUGUUCUGUAUCACUGAAUGCAACUAUAUUGUACGAGACA